AUGCGUGAAAUCCUUCACAUCCAGGGCGGUCAGUGCGGAAACCAAAUAGGCGCCAAGUUCUGGGAGGUCGUCUGUACGGAGCACGGCAUCGACUCCACCGGCCGCUACCAUGGGGACUCCGAUCUGCAGCUUGAGCGCGUGAAUGUCUACUACAACGAGGCUAGCUGCGGCAGGUUCGUCCCUCGGGCCGUCCUCAUGGACCUCGAGCCCGGGACGAUGGACAGCGUCCGCUCCGGGCCCUUCGGUCAGAUCUUCCGGCCCGACAACUUCGUCUUUGGGCAGUCCGGCGCCGGGAACAACUGGGCGAAGGGGCACUAUACGGAGGGGGCCGAGCUCAUCGACUCCGUGCUUGACGUCGUCAGGAAGGAAGCUGAGAACUGCGAUUGUCUCCAGGGAUUUCAAGUUUGCCACUCUUUAGGAGGCGGCACAGGUUCUGGCAUGGGAACCUUACUGAUAUCCAAGAUAAGAGAAGAAUACCCAGAUCGAAUGAUGUUGACAUUCUCUGUAUUCCCUUCACCUAAGGUGUCUGAUACUGUGGUGGAGCCCUACAAUGCAACACUCUCUGUACACCAGCUUGUUGAGAAUGCUGAUGAGUGCAUGGUCCUCGACAAUGAGGCUCUCUAUGAUAUCUGUUUCCGAACCCUCAAGCUAACAACCCCAAGUUUUGGGGACUUGAACCACUUAAUCUCUGCCACCAUGAGCGGCGUGACCUGCUGCCUCCGGUUCCCUGGUCAACUCAACUCUGACCUCCGGAAGCUAGCGGUCAACCUUAUCCCUUUCCCCCGACUCCAUUUUUUCAUGGUCGGGUUUGCCCCUCUCACAUCCCGUGGGUCCCAGCAGUACCGGGCUCUGACAGUUCCCGAGCUUACCCAACAGAUGUGGGACGCCAAGAACAUGAUGUGUGCUGCCGAUCCGCGCCAUGGGCGCUACCUGACAGCCUCAGCUGUAUUCCGUGGCAAAAUGAGCACUAAAGAAGUUGACGAGCAGAUGAUCAAUGUUCAGAACAAGAACUCGUCAUACUUUGUUGAGUGGAUUCCAAACAAUGUGAAAUCAACCGUCUGUGAUAUUCCUCCCACUGGCUUGAAGAUGGCUUCGACUUUUAUCGGGAACUCGACUUCGAUUCAGGAGAUGUUCAGAAGGGUGAGUGAGCAAUUUACUGCCAUGUUUAGGAGGAAGGCUUUCCUGCAUUGGUACACUGGGGAAGGCAUGGAUGAGAUGGAGUUCACUGAGGCCGAGAGCAACAUGAAUGAUCUAGUUGCAGAGUACCAGCAGUACCAAGAUGCCACUGCCGAUGAGGAAUAUGAGGAUGAAGAUGAAUAUCAGGAGGAGGAUGAGGCUUAA